AUGCUCGUUUCGGAAAGAAACAAGCUUCGCAACCUUGUGACCCUUCUGGUACUUGUUUAUAUCAUCAUCCAUGAAAUAUGCUGUCAUAAGCACUGGCAACAAACAGCUGGGAUCGCGGGUCCACUGUCGGAGACAGCUGCACCACUGCGUUGGGAGCAUCGUGCCUGGAACGCGAUCGCUCGUGCCACCAACCUAGCUGUCGCUCGAACUAGGCGCGGAAGCAGUCGAGACCGUUGGUUCCACGAGUAUGGAAACUGGUGGGCCUCCUCUGUUCGCUUGGGCAAUGUUCUAGGUCGGUCGCCGCGCGAGCCUAUAGGCCGCUACACCCUCCGCCAAGAGUGGUCCUGGUUUGUGGAGUUGCUUGAAGAGAGUCUCGAGGUGGAUUCUGUUGCACCAACAGGCCAGUUUGAAGGCACAGGUAUUGUGAUGGCGAUCGGAAGGCCGCAGCGCUAUGCGAUUCCAGCACUUGUCACCUUGCGGUUGCUGCGACUGCUCGGCUGUCGCCUGCCUGUCGAGUUCUGGUACUCGAGCGCCCGUGGCGAGUCGCCGUUCGACAGCGGCCUCGAGGCGGCGCUCCGACGCAUGAAUCGAGUCCCUGAUACCAAAGGUACCGCCAAUGAGGCACCCAUAUAUUUUCGUGAUCUCGACACCGUGGUGCCUCGCCAACGGGACCUCGGUGGUUGGGAGUCGCUCUUCGCUAUCAAACCGCUUGCGAUCGCGUUCAGCAGAUUCGCUCAUGUGCUGUACCUGGAUGCGGAUGCCCACCCGCUACGCGACCCUACCUAUCUCUUCUCGCUGUUUGCUCCUGAAGCGGUGUCGGAAACGAGGUCGAGUCGAAUACCGACAGCCGUGUUCUGGCCGGACUACUGGAUCAUGCCCGUCGAUCAUCCAGCGUUUUCCAUUUUCCGAGUAGUGCCGCGAACAUGGCGCGAACGACGAGAACAGGAGAGCAGUGUCCUGCUCGUUGAUAAGAGCGAUGUUCAUGAAUCCUGGAUACCUUUGAUGCUUUCUGUGAUGCUCAACGUGCGAUCCGAUUACACCUACCAGUACUUGCACGGUGAUAAGGAUACAUUCCGAUUCGCUUGGAUGGCACUGGAUGCUCCGUUUGAUCGUAUAGAGGUACCACCCGCGGCAGCUGGGCACUGGUCCUCCGAGGGCCUCUUCCACGGUACCACCAUGGUCCAGCAUGACCCCAACGGGAAGCCUCUCGUCCUCCAUCAUAAUCUGGAGAAGCUCGAUGCCUGCAGCUUGGAUCGCAGCGCCCGGUGGUGGCCCUCGGGUCGUCUCUGGGACGCUGUACAGUUUGGUGGCCAAGCGAACUGGACCACCCAGGGACGCUGGAUCGGGCCUUCGUCUCGGAUUUGUUUCACCGGCACUCGAGUGAAAACAGUGCCGUUCGAAGAGUACAUCGGACAGGAUUUCGAAACGCAAUUUUUUCGACCAGCGUUGGACGCAGUCCUCACGGACGCUUUCGCGAAGCGCCACCGAUGGAGUCGCUGCCGGGCCGCUUGA